CUCUCUGAACAUCUUCUUCGCGCCUCUAUCCUCUAUCCUCCUGCUCAUCAUCCCGUCACCUCCUCCAUUAGAAGCGCUCAUCACAUUUUCAUGGUUUGGAAGGGAUUCUUCUGAAGUAUGUAUACAUGGUCACAGAAUUAACAACAGGUCUGAAACACUCUUACUCGCUUUUAAAGGCCGACAUGCCUAAUGCAACAAUGAUGAACGAAAAUUGCAUUGAAAAACUCAUGAGGAGAAGAUCAGAUGGAAUGUUUUUUUCUAAAGACCUUCUCACAUCGAAAGUGCGCAGCAAAGACCAGCAUUCUCCACACACAGGCAGUUUCAACAGGUCUGCAUCUGAACAACACAGGGAGGACGAGCAUUACAAAAGGUUGAGAUCAAAGAGUGUGUGUGUGCUCGGCUGUCCGCACUGGGACAACGGUCAGAUCAACAAUCGAAAUCAAUCUUUGCUUCAUGUCAACUCCAUUUCCCCGGCUCCAGACCUUCAGGGCAUCGGGACGCUGCGGAAUUCACCAGGGGACAGCAGCAAGUACCGUCGGAGGAACAGCGCGAGCCCCAUGUUCAAGAGUGUGGUGACUCAGCGCAGAGAGUCUCCGACUGCCUUCGCUGGGAAGGCCUACAGGCGAGCGAGCACGUCGUUCGAGCUGUGCAAGGGGCCGCAGCUUGAUCACAGCGAGAAGGAAAACGACGAGUCGAACCACAUUCCGAGCAUGCUCUUCUCUGUACAGUCUUGUAUCUCGCCCCCGCCGCCUUGCCACUCUCUCCAGGUGAUCGCCAACGGGAUCCUGCCGAGCUCACAUCCGAGACAGUCCAGCCUGUACGCUGUGGAUGUAAAGCAUUACUCCCUGGCGCAUUUGAUGCCCAGGAACCGAACAGACUGGGCGGCGCUCGAAUGUGAGGACGUUGAGGUAGCCGAUAGGAAGGCGACUGAAAUUUUCAGACGGAUCGCUAACUCCAGGUCCGGGAAGUCCUUCAACGAUGGCAGUCUCAGGCCGGGGGCAAGGAGCAAAGGCUCAGCGCCGGAGGACUUGUCCGUGUUCGACUUUGAUUUUAUACAUAUUGUAGAAGAGAAGAAUGUUGAUGUCUAAUGGGUUUUUGUAUCUAAAUAAAUUGAUUUCAUGUCU